CAUUCAGCGGCUGCCAAGGGGAGUCGCCGGGCGCUCGCAGGCUCGGCGCGCGCUGCCCGCGGAAGGACCCGCCGCCGCCCCCUCGCCGCCGCCGCCCCUCGCCGCCGCCCGGAGCCAUGGCCGCGCUCGGCCACCCCGCCGCCUUCGGCCGGACCACCCACGCCGUGGUGCGGGCGCUGCCGGAGUCCCUCUGCCAGCACGCGCUGAGGAGCGCCAAGGGCGACGAGGUGGAUUUCGCCCGCGCGGAGCGGCAGCACCAGCUCUACGUGGACGUGCUGGGCAGUAAACUGGGGCUGCAGGUGGUGACGCUGCCGGCCGACGAGAGCCUCCCGGACUGCGUGUUCGUGGAGGACGUGGCCGUGGUGUGCGAGGAGACGGCUCUCAUCACCCGACCCGGGGCGCCGAGCCGGAGGAAGGAGGUUGACAUGAUGAAAGAAGCAUUAGAAAAACUUCAGCUCAAUAUAGUAGAGAUGAAAGAUGAAAAUGCAACCUUAGAUGGUGGAGACGUCUUAUUCACAGGCAGAGAAUUUUUUGUGGGUCUUUCCAAAAGGACAAAUCAACGAGGUGCUGAAAUCCUGGCGGAUACUUUUAAGGACUAUGCGGUCUCCACAGUCCCCGUGGUUGAUACUUUGCAUUUGAAGAGUUUCUGCAGCAUGGCUGGGCCUAACCUAAUUGCAAUUGGAUCCAGUGAAUCUGCGCAGAAGGCCCUGAAGAUCAUGCAGCAGAUGAGUGACCACCGCUACGACAAACUCACUGUGCCUGAUGACAUCGCUGCAAACUGUAUAUAUCUAAAUGUCCCCAGCAAAGGCCACGUCCUGCUGCACCGAACCCCAGAAGAGUAUCCAGAAAGUGCAAAGGUUUACGAAAAGCUGAAGGACCACAUGCUGAUCCCCGUGAGCCAAUCUGAACUGGAAAAGGUGGACGGGCUGCUCACCUGCUGCUCGGUUUUAAUUAACAAGAAGGUGGACUCCUGAGUGGCAGUCCCCCUGCAGCCGGCAGUGCUGCACUCACCUUGCCAACACCUGUCCCCACGCCUGUUGUUUCCAUUGACAAUCUACUGUGCCACUGUGCUACUAACUCUGGUCCACAGACAUUUAACUUUGAGUUUAAGUGCUUCAUUCUGCACCUUCCCCUCCUUCCCCUCACGGUGGUAUCUAAACUGUGGAUAUGCUAAAUGAAUUAAGCAACCUAGACGAUAUAGAGCUAAUGAAUUGUUGAAAUGUGAUGAAUGAUUAUAAGGAAACGCUCAGUUAGUGAUUGUAUUACCAAUGUGAAAAUCGUUUAGUUGCCAUAUAUACGCUGAAGAAUGUCUUCUUAGUCUGAUAAGCUGGGGGUUUUUCUUUAUGUGAUUAACCAUCUUUGCUUCCUGUGAAAUGCGCUGGUCCAUAGAUUUUUCCUCUUUCCCUCUUUUUUUCUUGCAAACGCUGAAAAGCUUUUUCCAGUUACUUUCUUUUGCUUCUCUCACUUCUAUCACAGUCACCUUGACCUUGGGUAAAAUCAGGAGUCUUGCCUUCUCGAUACCUUCCUGCAAGUUCACCCUGCCUGUUGUGGGUCCCCUCUGCCUCCGCUACAUCCCCCAGCACCCCACUUUCCCUCAGAAGGCACAUGGGUCCCUCAGCUGAACUGUGAGCAAAGUCAGAGCAGCUGUGUGAAGGUGAGCUGACUGCACAGAGGCACAUCUUGACAGGGUUUCCCCGGAGAUCUAAAUUCCAGAAGAAGUAGGGCACCACACCUAGGAAGGUAAAUUCAGCACCAGAUGGUUGCUAGGGAAUCGGAGAUCAAGAAGCUUGGAAACACCCCAUGGGUAUAACAUCUUAGAAAGUCUUUAAGUCACAUUCCAUGAAUUUUUGCUUCAUUACUGGCCAUAUACGGACCCUGGGGAAAAGUCUUAUUUUUUUCUUUUCAGCUCAUUAUCCUCCCACCACUCUUCCCCUCAUUGUGACUCACCCUAUUACCAGCCUUUUACCCCCGGCAAUUAUCCUGGCCUGGCACAGUUAUUUCCUUCAAAAGAGAUAUCCUAUCUAAAAAUUAUUAUUGAUGGUCUAAUGUGAGCCAGAUGAAGCAUGUUCAGGAAGUGAUAGGCUGGUGCUUGAAACCAGCUGCUGACAAUGGACAAUUCUUUGAAAUAUUCCAUGAAUAUUUACUGUGGAAUUCAAUCAAAACUCCUUUCCUUUCUAGCCUUUAAAUUAUACAACCUUGAACUGACAUGGAACUCUUACAUAAAACAAUGCUGCAGUGAAGGGAGAGAGAACAUUGUCUUUUAUUGAAGCCUGAAAGAAUCAGCCUUUUAGCAGGCCAGGGAAAUGUUACUUUCCACGGAAUGGUGACUGAUCCAGGCAUGUUACUGAAUUUUCUGGUCAUCUUCACCCUUCCUAUAUUGCCUGUGGCUUAUUGUUUAAGAGUAAGAGUCAGAGAGAUUAAGAAAUACUACUUCAGCCCUGGCUGGUGUUGCU